AUGCCCACAUCGUCCAAUUCAAACCAUCCUCAACCACAGCCCAUUCAACAAUCCACCAAUAACAGCUCAAUCUUGUUUCCUUUUGACAAUGCAACUUCUUCUCAACAACCCAGCUCUUCGUACGACCCCUUUUUUUCUAUGACUGGUCAAGAUACGUAUAUGGACGAUUUCUAUAAACAUUUGGGUUCUUGGAGCAAUCAAGAUGCUGCAACCACUCAACAACUGCUUGCAUCAUCCUUUGAAGAUAAGCAACAACAGCAACAGCAACAACAACAACAAGAUCCUAGUAUGUUCUUCUCUUUGGGUAAUCAGCAGGAUAUUCUUCUAUCCGAUCCAAACUUUGUGCGACAACAGCAACUAUUGCAGGAACAACAGCGAGCUACCAUGCAACGUGAAGCACUUCAGCAACAAGAUUUCAUGGAUGACGCUGAUAUUUCGAAUGCAUCGGUCAUGUUUGACGAUAUGGAAGAUUCUUUUGGAGGAGGUGGAGGUGGUGGUGGUGUUGGCAUGGAUACCGUUGCUGGGAGCAGUGCACCUAUGGAUAUUCAUCAAUCUGAUCAGCAACAAAUACGUUUAUCUUAUCCUGAUACCAUGCCUACCAUCAAUACUUCUGGUGCUGUUCAGGAUACCACGAGGACAAUGGCAUCUGCUAAACCAAUCAAAAAGGACAAUCGUCGCUCACCUGGCAUGAGACUGAAACGAACCAGUAGCCCUAUACCCAUCAAUGCAAGCGGCAGUGCCGCCGUUGCCCAUGCAACAAGGUCAUCUGAGAUCGAUCAUCAACGCAGACAAAAUGAAUUACAAGCACGUUUCAGAGUCAACUACAACAAAAAGACAUCAAGUGGCAUGGCUGGAUCUGCACCAAAGACAUCUUCGACGCAACAACGAUCCUCUCUUGGUGCUGCUGCCGCUUUUGGAACAUCAGUGCCAACCAUACCAACGACACGUUUUGAUGAGAGUACCGGUGCUGCAUCAUCAUUCCCUGCAGGGACAUCACCUUUACAAGUGGGAAGCUUUGGCAAUGGAAGCACAAGUGGAAUGAUGAAAGGGGGUCAAGCUACGUCAUUUCCUUCAAGAACAAUGCCUAUCCAGAUUCAACGAGUACAACGGCCUCCUAAUGCAGUACCCUUUGAUGCCGAAGAACAUCAACGUCAAUUGGAUGAUCAGUUGGAGAAGGUGGACUUUGACGAUAUCACUGUAUCGGAACUCAAGGACAUGUUACGACAACGAGGAAAACCAGCAACAGGAAAAAAGGUGGUGCUUGUGCAACGAUUGCAAGAGGAACGUGAAUUGAUCAAGGCUAUAAGGAGUGGAAAGAUUCAACGCCAUUCUCAACCUCCACCACCCUCAUCACGGCCUAUUGAAUCUGCACGUCCACGUUCAUUCCAAGCUUCAUCACCUAUGGCCAUUCAUGCAGCAGUGCAACAGCAACCACCCCAAUCGCCUAUGCUUGGAGCAGGUGGCUCAUCUUCUUCAGUGCCUAAUUCGUCAUUGAUGAUUCCUGGCUCACCCAAUUCGGUUACCAUGUCACUCAACAGAAUGCAUAUUGGAUCACCACCCAUGACAGCACAACAACAACACCCGCGUAGAUUCUCGCCUUAUGCAACACCAAGCUCACCUCGUCUUGGCUCGUCAUCUCCCAAACCACAAAAUCAGCAACCGCCACCCUCAGCAUCUUAUUCGUCUUCUGUGCCAACGAACGCCCUUUCUUCAUCACCGGGUAGCUUCACUUUUGGUUCGCCUUUAUCUUCCUCUUUCACAAAUCGAUUUCCUCAACAACAGCGCCAAAUACCUACAACGUAUGGUAGACCCAAGAGCUAUGCACCUUUCACUUCUUCAGCACUUGCAACACCUGAUCGUGAUGAUGACCAUGAUCCAUUCGAUGAUUACAAGGAUGAAUCUUCUUCUCAACAACAACAACAACAAUACAUGGAUCAAUAUGGAGCAUCUUCAUCAGCUGCUGUUCCUGUCAAGAUGGAAAUGGACCCAACCAUUGAAAGUGUGCUCUAUGGUGCAAACACCAAUUUUGAUAUCCCAGAAGGAUUUACCGAAGAAGAUCUUGCGGCUGUCCUUGCCGGCCAAGGAUUCGGCAAUCUAGACAUGCAUUCCAACAAUAACGACCCAUCUGGAGGUGGUGGUGGUGGUGGCUUCUCAUCCAAUGAUAUGGCCCUUUUUGACAAUCAUGUUUCUCAUGCAACACCACGGUGA